GACCGACGCCAACAUGGCGGCGCCCAGCGGCUUCCACCUGUUCGUCCGCAGAGUAGGUACCACAGAGCUACACAGUCUGCAGAUACUAUUUAUUCACAGAUGUUCUCCUGCGAGGAGGAUCAGCACCCUGAAUCCAGGUUGUUCAACGGUCAACUGUAUUCAUAGUGGAAGUAUUAAGCUACUAUAAAAAUGUAUAAAGAAGAGGGAAUUCCCUGGCAGUUCUGUGGUUGUCAUAGGAUUUUCUCGUCACCACUCAAUCAUAUCUACUUACACAAGCAGUCAAGCCGUCAACAAAGAAGAAAUUUCUUUUUCCGGAGACAAAGAGAGAUUUCCCACAGUAUAGUUUUCCCGGCUGCAGUUUCUCCAGCUCAUCCAGUCCCUAAGCACAUAAAGAAGCCAGACUAUGUGACGACAGGAAUUGUACCCGACUGGGGAGACAGCAUAGAAGUUAAGAAUGAAGAUCAGAUUCAAGGGCUUCGCCAGGCUUGUCAGCUGGCCCGACAUGUCCUCCUCUUGGCCGGGAAGAGUUUAAAGGUUGACAUGACAACUGAAGAGAUAGAUGCUCUUGUUCAUCAGGAAAUAAUCAGUCAUGAUGCCUACCCCUCACCUCUAGGCUAUGGAGGUUUUCCAAAAUCCGUUUGUACCUCUGUAAACAACGUGCUUUGUCAUGGUAUUCCUGACAGUCGACCUCUUCAGGAUGGAGAUAUUAUCAACAUUGAUGUCACGGUUUACUACAAUGGCUACCAUGGAGACACCUCUGAAACAUUUUUGGUGGGCAAUGUGGAUGAAUGUGGUAAAAAGUUAGUGGAGGUUGCCAGGAGGUGUAGAGAUGAAGCAAUUGUGGCUUGCAGAGCGGGGGCUCCCUUCUCUGUCAUUGGAAACACAAUCAGCCAGAUAACUCAUCAGAAUGGUUUGCAAGUCUGUCCACAUUUUGUGGGACAUGGGAUAGGAUCUUACUUUCAUGGACAUCCAGAAAUUUGGCAUCAUGCGAAUGACAGUGAUCUACUCAUGGAGGAGGGCAUGGCGUUCACCAUAGAGCCAAUUGUAACCGAGGGAUCCCCUGAAUUUAAAGUACUGGAGGACUCAUGGACUGUGGUCUCCGUGGACAAUCAAAGGUCUGCCCAAUUCGAGCACACAGUUCUCAUCACGUCGAGGGGCGCGCAGAUCCUGACCAAACUGCCCCACGAGGCCUGAGGAGCAACACGAAGGUCGCAAGAGACCCGGGGCCCUUUUUCUAAAAUUGCUGAAAUCCAGCUGGAGAACUUUUAGAAGAAACUGGCUAACGGCAGGCCCUAGAGUAACCUACCUAGCACCUAGCAUCGCCGGCUAGGGAAAAUGCGGUAGGGCUUGGGAGCCGUUCCGAACACAAAUCUGAAGCCCCGAAGUGGCCGUGCGCUUUCGGAGAGACGGAUCCUGGAGCCAGUCUCUGUUUCCCAACGCGGGAAACGCAUCUGGAAAGGAAUGGGGACGCCCUCAUUUGGAAGACUAGGAAGUCCUAGCAAUGCAUACUUUCCCCUUUCCCUAUCCUUGAUUCUGCCCGAAUAGAAAGCGUUCACUCCUUAAAACCACUGUGUCUUACGUUAAUUUUUGAGUCUCUGAACUUUUCACUCUCGCGCAGGAAUAAAAACCUGAGCCUAGCUGUUA